AUGAGUGAGUGGGAGAGGGUGUUCCUGCAGAACCUCGCUCUCCCGCCGCACUGCCAGCGCAGACGGGCUCGUCCGCCCGGCUCCACCGCCUUCCGCUGUGUCCUGAAGCACCUGGAAGGGGCUGCCCUCACCCAGGGAGCCGAGUACCAGCUGCGCCUCUCCCUCUUCGAUGCCACCUACCACCAUUUCUUCGGGAGGACGUGGAGGAGCGGCCGGAGAGCUGCCCGCAGCACCCCACCACGCCCAGCCAGGGUGGCUUUCAAUGAGACUGUUUACUUCCACACCUCCCUGAACCACCCUGCCAUCGCUGCUGUUGUGGAAGUGGUGACCACGGCUGGGAAGGGGGAUGGGGACUCUCAGCACCUCUCCUGCGGCUUUGGGAUCAUCCCCAUCUUUGGCAGCGGGUCCGAGGCGACAGACCCAGUCACCGAGGACAGAGCGCUGAAGCUGUACCAUGGGACGCCACGUGCUCUGCUGCACCCACGCUUUCAGGACCCCAUGGAAAAGAACAAAUACCUGACAGUGAUGGAGAAGAGCCACCUGCAGUACUCCCUGAAGCCCCACCAGCCCUUGGAGACAAUAUUUCACCUCCUUCCCGAAAACCUUCUGAUAUCUGGGCUGCAGAAUGUUCCUGGCUUGCUGCCUGUGCAGGGAGACACGAGUGACUGCUUGCAGAAACCCCAGCUGAUGAAGCCGGUCACCUGCUAUCUGGAGAGGCUGUCUGUCCGGCUGCACCCCUCCCUGGAGGAAUUUGAGGAAGAACUGCUGGACUUGCUGAACAGUGAUCGCUUACUGAAGGCUAACGCCGGGCCAGACGGUGACGGGAUGGUGAUCCGGGAACGGCGGCUGCACGUCGGUGUCCACAAUGGUCUGCGCUUCGUCCGGGCGCCGCAGGUGGCCGUGCUGGUGCCAGAGGCUGAGGUGACACAGGGUGGCUGCCUGGGGGUGCCCGGCUCUGUAGCCAGGGAUGCAGAUCAAGCCCUGGUCCUGAGGAGCCGCAUCCACCUGAGUGAGAUGGUCCCUCACCCAGCGUUCGGGGUCUGCUUCCAGCUGGAGUAUGUCUGCUGCUCCUCAGGGAGAGCUGAUGGGAAGCUCCUGCCCAGCAGCUCCCACAGUGAGACAACCGACAUGCGCUCGGUGCGCUGGGCUGUCUGGAGCCCUGUCCCAGGUGCCAACAAGGCAGAGGUGGUCCUGCCCCUGCGUGGGGGUGCCCACCGCGGCCCCUGCCAAGCCUUGGUCUACCGGACCCUGCCGAGCAGCAGGAGCUCCCACCAGGGGAAGCACGUGGAGUCUGGAACUGUCCAAUUCCAUGUUUCCACUGAUUCAGAAGAACAUCUUGUAACUGCUGCGGAGAUCCUACGUAAAGACAGGGACGAGUCGGAGAAGCCUCCUACGCCGGCGCCGACCCCGCCAGCCCCGCCGCGGAUGGCAGCCUCUCCGCGGGGACCGGGGGUAAGUGCUGUGGGUGCCACCCCGCGGGGCGGGGGGAUCACUCACCUGGAAGCCGACCUCGGCUCGCCGGAUCCCUGUGCCAGUGACCAGCUGCGGGCGCUGCCCUUCGCCCCGCUGCAGGUGCCCAUCGCUGCUGUGGGGCUGCAGGCAGGCAGUUCCCACACGCUGCUCUCCCGUGCCUCCCUGGCACGCCUGCACCACGCCGGCUUCCCGGAGAUCCUGGACCGUAAUGAGGAGCCAGUGGAAAUCUCGGAGCCGGCAGACCCAGCAAGCUUCAGCCUGCAGCUGGAGGAAGACGACCCUCUGCAAGGCAAUGAAAUAAUCCUGCAGUUCCUGGCUUUUGGCAGGGAUGCCCAGGACAGUGUGGAGGGGACAUGGCCAAGAACCAUCUUCCUCACCUUCCAGUUCUACCGUUUCCCACCGGUCACGACACCGCGGCUGCAGCUGGUCAGCUCGGAUGGGGGGCCGGUGGCUGGGCCGGCUGUGCCAGCACAGCUCCUUGUCCGGGUGAACAAGGAUGGGACCCUGAGCACUGGGCCGCCGGGCUUGCAGCUGAAGUACAUGGUGGAUCCCGCCUUCCUGCGCCCCGGGGAGCAGCGCUGGUUUCUGCGGUACCUGGCUGAGCACAGCCUCCAGAUUGAUGUCUGGGAUGGAGACUCCCUGCUCCUCGUUGGAUCUGCUGCCGUGAGACUGGAGCCCCUGCUGCGCCAGGGCCGGGCAGCCAUCAGGACCCACCACGAGCUGGAGGUGGCCACGACCGAGUACGAGCCGGAUGUGACAGUGAUGGGCCGGGAGGCGCUGCGGCACGGCGCCCUGCGGCCCCUCGGUGUCCGCGUGGUGGUGAGGGGCCGCCUCCACCUCUGCCUGGCCAACGUUGGCCACCUGUGCGAGGAGACCCCGGAGCACCCGCCGUCCCCCAUUGUGGGUGCCCUUGGGGCUGCGCUAAUUGGGGGUCCCUCAUCAGUGCCAGGGUGCUCUCUCCUCCCAGGCGGGCGGGUGUCGCGGGUGCAGAGGCUGAUGGAG